CUGGGAGGGCGCACGGUAUUCCUUAUUUGGUGGUCUUUUCGGGUAUCCUGGGGGACCGUUAGUCCCACCCCUCGAAAGGCAGGAAGGCUGGGCUGGGUUCAAAGUCCCCAGGUCAGUUCCUGGAACUGGGUGGUCCGGAGACUUUCGGUCUGAUGCAACCUGUGAAUCUGAUUGUGUUCCCCUGCCUCGGGCCAGUUGGCCUUACAUCCAUGAGCAGCUUUCUCUAAGGCAGUUAUGAAAAUGUAUCAAUUCUCUCUUGUGUUAUUAUCAUUACCACAACAUUUGCAUAAUGUCUCACAGUUUAAAUGUUCUUCACAUAAACUUAAAUCCAGAUGGCUGCUAACUUCUCACCUUUGUAUUUUGUGGUCCUCUGCUCCAGCCAUGUAUGAACAUUUCUGCACAUUGCUGGGUUGCCCCUGUGCAGUCUCUGCACCUUUGUUCUGUGUGGGUGUGAUGCGCAUAUUGAAGGCGAGCAGAAUAUGACACCCCCAAAUGUGCCACUUUGGCAUGUGAAUUAUUUGGAGCUGAAGGAAAUCAAGACCCCGCAGACAAUUGCCUAAAUAAUUUAGGUAGGGGGCCUGGCCCAGAGAUAGCUUACACCUGAAAGACUUACCUGCUUAGCAGGGCAAACACCUAAUUAGCAAACAUCUGCUCUUCUCACCUUCCUGUGAAUUACCCACCUCCCCUUCAAGCCCCAGGCCUCUUUCCCAUUCCUUAGCUGAAGAUGGCAUGUAAGCCUCAAUUGCCCGACUGACUGCCUUUGAGUCUCCAGUCUUCAUGGGCUCCUGUAAGUACGCAAUUAAAUUUGUUUUCUCCUGUUAAUCUGUCCUAUGUCUAAUUAUUAGACCAGCCAAAGAAACUAGAAGGAAAGGAGAAAUUUUUCCGCCUCUACAAUGUGGUGUGUGUGUGUGCUUGUGUGUGUGUGUGUUGUGUGUGUGUGCUAAAGCAGGCAGGGUUGUGUCUGUCUGUGUGUGCUAGGGUGUUCAUUUCUCUUAGGCAUCUUGGCUGUUUCUGUAGUGACUUGCCUCCUAGGCUGUGUGUUUUCCAUGUUUCCUACAAACUUGUGAAUGUGCACCUGUAACUGUGGUUCCUUGACUUUGCUGGGUCAGUAUUGUAGUAGGAUGGGCAGACUUCCUUAUGUAAGCCUUCCUGCCUCUCCAGAGAUGGGGCUUGUGGCUGAACCUUCUCAAACUGUCUGUGAGCCCCUCUCCAGCAGCCACAUGUCCCGACAUGUGCCCGCAGUCCGGAAUUUUACCCGCCUCCACUCACAAAUCACACACUCACGACACACACUUAGGCGCCUACGGUUGCACUGGCCAAGUCUCCACCCCCUCCCUUUGCUUAAACUUCGGAAUUUCCAGCCGACCGGCCAACCGCUCCCAGCAGCGGGUGGAGUUGAGAAGGGCCCGCCCAGUUCUCGGGGUACAAAACUAGCUCUGCAGGACUGCGCGGCCACUUGUCCUUCAGCUCUGCGCACAAUGUGUCACUCUCGAAGCUCCCUCCCCACCAUGACCGUCCUGCGGGCUCCGACCUCGGUCCCCUCCACCAGCCCGGGACCCCAACGGGGCUCCGGCCCCGAGAUCUUCACCUUCGAUCCUCUCCCGGAGACUGCGGUGGCCCCCGCUGCGCGCCCCAGCGCCUCCCGCGGGCACCGAAAGCGCAGCCGUAGGGUCCUCUACCCACGAGUGGUCCGGCGUCAGCUGCCAGUCGAGGAUCCGAACCCUGCCAAAAGGCUGCUCUUUCUCCUGCUCACCAUCAUCUUCUGCCAGAUCCUGAUGGCUGAAGAGGGUGUGUCGACACCCCUGGUCCCGGAGGACACCCCCAGCGCGCAGUCCCCCGCGCCCACCGUUGUGCCCCCGGUCCUCGAGCCCCUUAAUCUGACCUCGGAGCCCUCGGACUACGCUUUGGACCUCAGCACUUUUCUCCAGCAACACCCUGCCGCCUUCUAACCGGACUCUCCACACGCCCAGAAGAAUCUGAAAAACCAAGAAACACUGGGUGUACCUGGUGGGAGAAAGAGCGUAUCCCAAACUGGGACUCCCAAGGCAACUCGCACUCAGAACACUACAGCGGAGAUGCCAGCCCGAGCCUGGGAGAGACAGGCACCGACACGCCGGGGCUAGGCCGGGUGGCAGGAGAGCGUCGUUAUUUCUCAUUGCUCCUAAUAAUAUUUAUAUGUAUUUAUGUAUGUCCCCCUAGGUGAUGGAGGGGUGUAUGUAAUAUUUAUUUUAACUUAUGCAGGAGUGCGAGAUGUGCUCCUUGCUGCAAAUGCAGAUCUCUGGGUAUUUAUUGGGCUCUGGGGGAUUGGUGGAGGCCGGCGCCCAGAACUGAGCGAGGCUGGGAAGAGGGAUGGAGGAAACCCGGGUCCGAGAAGGCGCCCGGGCUGGGAGUCAAGGACGGUGGUGGGUCGUAGUAGGUUUAGCAGGUGACAUACUCAGCCCUCCAGCAUCUCAACUCGCGGGUCUACUGUGUGAGGCUUCAGCGGACCGUUGAGAAUAAGGUCCUUGGCCUUCGAUCUCCUCGAAGUUGCCCCCAAGGGGUGGCUGCGGGGUCGAUGGGCUGUCAGGGGGUGGCUAUGGGGUCGCCCGGUAUGUUCUGUGAACACAAAUAAACUUGAUUUACCGUCA